ACAACGCAAAGCCUUAACACGACAAUAUUGCAGUUCUGUGCAGUCUACUGUGCUACAUUUCUAACUUGUUAUUAUUGCGGUUAGCACUCCUUCGGAACUUCACCCAGGUUGCGAUAUCUUCGUCUGUCCAUUGGUUUGUUUAUCCUUAUCAAACCUGCUCCAUGCCAGUUUGGGUUACGGGUUAGUUCGUGAACUAAUGAGUCGAGUAUCGGUCUACUGUCCGGAAGGGACAGGGUUAUAAAACAACCUUCGGAUAAACAUGGGUAACUAGCUAUGUGAUGGCAUGUGCUGCCCCUCAAUGAACUUCGUUGAUGCCAUUCUGGGUCGCUGUGUAUGGGCCGCUCGUCAGUGAACCUAUUUUACGCCAACUUUGGUCACUAUUAACCGCAGUAGCGGAUUAGUGACUUUGGCGUUGUGCUACUAAGCCCGAAGGUACUGGAUCAAAUCCCGGUCGCGGUCGCCAAAAUGCAGAAACAGCCGUGUACCAUGCACUUCGUGUACUGGGAACCCCAGAUGUUCAAUGCAAUUCCUGAGUUCUCCACUACGGCGUGCCUCAACAUCAUAUCAUGGUUUUGGCUCGCAAAGGGUUAGAAUUUUUUUUUAUGUAAUGCUUACGUACUGCCGUUCAAUAAAUAUUCUCGAUACCUGAUACCAACUUGAGUAACUGCAUGGGUAUGUGCCACUAGGUAGCCGCCACAUUUCAAUAAACCUCUUUCGCAGGGCUGUUCUACAGCGGCACAGUGUCUUGCUGCCUGCCUUGCGGACAUGGUGGCCAGGCCUUCCAGCUCGGUGAUGUCUGACAGCCCGCCUUGAGGACCUGGCGGCCAACUGUUAUAGAAGCCUCGUGUCUUGAUCUCCGCCAUAUCGAACAGCUGACAUAUCGACCUGCUAACUCGAUACCCACCCUAUUGGCCUGGUGUCCAGCUGUUUUAGCAGCCAGGCGCCUUGAUGUCCUCCCUGUGGAGCUGGCGGCCAACUGGUCUACCGACGUGUGCUGAUCCUGGUGGCCAGCUGACCUUGUGACCUGGUAACUCGGUGCCCGCCCUGGGGACCUGGUGGUCAACUGUUCUAGCAGCCUGGUGUCCUGAUCUAGAACCAUGAAGAUACCAGGUCCUGCUAACCUGGUGCCCAGCUGUUCUAGCAGUCCUAGGGUCUGGUGUCUUGAUCCCCGUCCGGUGGACCUGGCAGCAAGCUGAUCUAGCGACCUAGUACCUGACUGCCCACCCUGCUGACCUGGUGGCCAGCUAUUGAGCUGUGUGAUGUCUUGCUGCGCACAGUGUAGACCUGGUGGCCAACUGUUUCUUGUCACCUCCUGGGCUGCUGAUCAGAAGAUCACGCGCACGUCAAGGAAUCCCAAGUGGCAAAAGGACACCUACGUGGUUUUUGGUUCAAACAACGCGGGGACGGACGGCCGGGCCAAGUUCUGCUUCCUAGCGGACGAGGUGUACGUUUUUUCGCGUGCUCUGCAGUUAAAAGUUUUCUUUAUGUGCCCUCGAACGUUCCGACAAAUUCGAAAAAAACCGAGGAAAGGGCACAAGGCAUGCUGCGCGGCUGUGUGGUGUGGCAACUCGGGGACGGACAGCAGGGCGAAGUUUUUCCAUUUCCCGGCGGACGACAGAUGUGACAUUUGGCGAAAUUACGCUAAAUGUCCUCGCGGGGUUGGCAUGCGUGCAGAUGUGCUACGACUACUGCCUCUGCUUGGACCAGAUCAGAAAAAAGGGACUACGCCGACCCGACCAAAACAAGACUUGUGGUCGGCUGUGCCGACUGUUGGAGUGGAAGUGCGGUCCCUGGGUCGAUGAAGGUAAGGACUAUAACUUAUUAGUCGCCGUGAGUCUGUACUUCCGUAAUUCCUUAUUUCCGCACAGAAACCACUUUACAGGGUACGGCGCAAGUGUCAUUAGCAUGGCGAGCGCUGUCUUGUGCACGUCAUUUGCUACGGGGUCUGGUGUCAUGUGACCUCAAGCAGGGAA